CCCGACUUCUCCGCUGUCUCUGUCCCGGCACCCCGCCGACUUUGUCGCCUUCUCGUUUUACAAGAUUUUCGGCUACCCUACCGGCUUGGGUGCCCUGCUGGUUCGAUCCGAGGAUGCCAGCAAGCUGCAGCGCCUCUACUGGGGUGGCGGGAGCGUGGCAGCAAGUGUCUGCGACAGUCGGUGGUGCGCGAGAAAGACGAACGUCGCUCUUCGGUUUGAGGACGGCACUCUCCCCUUCCUCGCCAUUAUCGCCUCUCUGUACGGAUUUAGAGCUCUGGAGGGAGACUGUGGGUGUUCGGACUGCUUGCCGUUUUUGGUUCAGCGCACGCAAACUGCACC